ACGCAUCGUAGUAACUUUUACAAAAUGAUCCCGUGAGAUCUCAAUACCGUCAAGAUGGCCCGUCGUCCCGCUCGUUGCUACCGGUACUGCAAGAACAAGCCGUACCCCAAGUCCCGCUUCAACCGUGGUGUGCCCGACCCCAAGAUCCGUAUCUUCGAUCUUGGACGCAAGAAGGCGACCGUCGAUGACUUCCCUCUCUGCAUCCACUUGGUCUCCAACGAGUAUGAGCAGCUGAGCUCCGAGGCCCUCGAGGCCGCCCGUAUUUGCGCCAACAAGUACUUCGUCAAGACCGCCGGAAAGGAGUCUUUCCACCUCCGCGUCCGCGCCCACCCCUUCCACGUCGUCCGUAUCAACAAGAUGUUGUCUUGCGCUGGUGCCGAUAGACUUCAGACUGGUAUGCGUGGUGCCUGGGGUAAGCCCAACGGCACUGUCGCCCGUGUCAACAUUGGCCAGAUCAUCAUGAGCGUCCGCACUCGUGACUCCAACAAGGCCGUUGCCCUCGAGGCCCUCCGCCGCUCCCAGUACAAGUUCCCUGGUCGCCAGAAAAUCAUCAUCUCCAAGAACUGGGGCUUCACCCCCCUUCGUCGCGAGGAGUACCUCGAGAAGAAGGCUGCUGGCCGCGUCAAGGUCGACGGUGCCUACGUCCAGUUCCUCGCCAAUCACGGCUCUCUCGAGCAGAACAUGAAGCGCUUCCCCGAUGCCUUCGCCUCUGAGGCUUAAGGUGUGGGAUUCGUGUUUCUUCUGGGAUUUGGGUUUCUACCGGCUGGCGUCUAAAGUGGUUGCAUGUCAACAUGAUGGGAGUCAUGCUGCGGCAGACUCUAGAUAGGAAUUCAAUCAUUGGUACUUGACAAACAUGCACUUGCAUCUUUAUAGCGAGUGAGAAGUGGAAUGUCAGGUUCGUAAGCAGGCUUCGAAAAGCGGCCUACCCAACGACGGAGGCUAUUACAUGGCUAAAGAUUAUUUGCAUGACAUUCUCUCCGAGAGAUGUAGUUGGCUGUGAACUUGAGGCUGAAGCCAGGAUGAUGCCAAUUUCAAAUCAUGCGUAUCGAGUGAAAAUAUCGUGGUGGACGGUCUGGCCCUUGGAUCACCCGUGGUAAUGAAUGACACCAUGGGGGCGAGCGCGUCCUCGUCUAGGUCACG